GAACACAAAAAUUCCCUCCCUUCCCUAGUUUUCUGUUCUCCCACUUUCCCCCUCCAAACCCUCACUCUCUCUCUCUACUUUCUCUCUCUAAAACCCCCAAAACCUAAACCCUAACUCAAUUCCACAGCAAUCUCUCACAUCCGUUGCUUCACAGCUUCCAAUUCUGCAGAAUGUCCGAUGCUCGAGCUCCGAACCACCACGCAGCGCCAUCGCCGCCGCCGUCGUCAACCGUCGCCGGAGGAAGAGCUCCGAUUCCGCAUCCGAUGCGGCGGAACUUGUCGCUGUAUCCGACGAAGCCGCCGUUUGUUCCGGCUGAUGAUUAUCAUCGGUUUUCGAGUGGAACUGAUGGCAGACGAAGCGUUAGUGGUGUGGAUCAGGAGGCUGAAGUGUUGAUUGUUAGAUCUCCGCCAGUGAAGAGAAAACUUGGAAUAAGUCAUUAUGAAUCGGCGUCAAAUGAAUGGGCUGCAUCUACAGUUAGCAGUCCUGUUCACACUCCUGUUUCUGGAAAAGGUGGAAGGGUUAAUGGUCGUUCAAAGGCUACAAAGAACACCAAAGCUGCUCCUCAAACCCCUCUUUCUAAUACAGGUUCACCGUCUCCACUUACUCCUGCUGGUAACUGUCGCUAUGACAGCUCUCUAGGCCUUUUAACGAAAAAGUUCAUUAACCUCAUUACGCAUGCUGAAGAUGGUAUUCUUGAUUUGAAUAAUGCUGCUGAUACUUUGGAGGUGCAGAAGAGGCGGAUAUAUGAUAUAACAAACGUCCUUGAAGGCAUUGGUCUUAUCGAAAAGAAGCUCAAGAACAGAAUCCGCUGGAAGGGCCUUGAUGCUACUAAACCCGAAGAGAUGGAGGAUGAUGUCACCCUGUUACAGGCCGAGGUUCAAAGACUUUCUAUGGAAGAACAUGGAUUGGAUGAAAACAUAAGACAAAUGCAGGAAAGAAUGAGAGAUUUGAGUGAAGAUGACAACAACCAAAAAUGGCUUUUUGUUACAGAAGAUGACAUAAAAAGCUUACCAUGCUUUCAGAAUGAAACUUUGAUAGCAAUAAAGGCUCCACACGGGACCACUCUUGAAGUUCCUGAUCCUGAUGAGGCUGUUGACUAUCCGCAAAGGAGGUACAGAAUAAUCCUUAGAAGCACAAUGGGUCCUAUAGAUGUAUAUCUUGUCAGUCAAUUUGAAGAGAAGUUUGAGGAUAUUGACGGGGCUGAACAACAACCCGUGUCUAUGCCGAUUGCUUCGAGCUCUGGAUCCAAUGAUAAUCCCGCAACUGAGUCAAACAUUGUUGCAAAUACUGGUGUGACGGUUGACCAUAAUCUACCUCAAGAUUCACCUUCGAGAAUUAUGAAGAUAGUGCCUUCUGACGCUAGUAAUGAUGAAGACUACUGGCUUUUGUCAGACAGAGAAGUUCCGCUCACGGAUAUGUGGAAUACGGAUUUAGGUGAUAUCGAAUGGGAUGGGGUGGAUUUACUAAGUGACGAUUUUGGUUUAGGUGAUGUCAGCACAGGAAACCCGAGUACACCACCAGCUGAUGUCAGCACAAAGAAGUGAAAUUCAUCCAGUUAAGGUAUGAGAGGGGUUUGUUGUACAGUGAAAGUUGUAGAAGUUUUAAAGAUUAAGCUGUUGUUUGGUACAAAUAAAACUUGGUUAUUUAAUGGGUAUCAUACCCAUGUUUUGUUUAAUCUUCAGCAGACUUAAAUGAAAUGCAUUUUUUAUUUA